GAGGUGUAUAUUGUAGAGAAGCACGCGAAUUUCUAAACAAAACAAAAACAUGACAUCAACAAAAUCGGUGCCAGAUUUUAUGAAUGAAGAUUUCUUCAAAAAUGCGCUCGAAAAUACUUUAAGCGAAAAAAUUGAAAUAAAAAAUUUAGCAGUGGAACACAACACAUCAUGUGGCAACUAUUGCAGUAACAUUUAUCGUGCAGCAGUUAAAUAUGCAACAGAUAAAAAUGCUGAAGACACAAAAGAAAUACAUUUACUUAUAAAAGACUUGUUCAUCCAUAUGUCGGGAAGCUCUAGAGAGUAUUUUAUGUACACAACUUUGUUACCGGCUUUAAAUGCUAUACUACAAAAGUCUCAACCAGAUAAGCAACUAUCUGCAAGAUUGUUUCAUGCUAAGAAAGGCGAUAAUGAAACUCAUGUGUUUGAAGACUUGAAUGCACGUGGCUAUGUUAUAUGCAAUCGAUUGGUUGGUUACAAUGAAGAGGAAACUAAGGUGGUGUUGUCGAAGUUGGCUCAAUUACACGCUACUUCUAUGGUCUUCAUGAAGGAGCAACCAAAAGUCAUGGCUGAACUUAAAGAAUUCUACUUCAAGAGUGAACCUGGUAUAAUGGAACUGCUUGCAAAAUUAACAGAGGAUUAUGCAAACUAUUCUUCAAAGGUUGUGGAAAAAUGGCCUGGUUAUGCUAAAAUUGCAGAAAAAAUGCGUAAAAAUGUUGGUGACACCUUCAAGCAAAAAAUUUUAAAAAUUUUCCCAAAAGAACAAGCUUUAGUUAAGGUACUCGUUCAUGCGGAUUUGUGGAUCAAAAAUAUUCUUAUGCUGAGGGAUGCUGAAGGUCCAAAAGAUGCUAUAUUUGUGGAUUACCAGAUGUGCUUUGAAGGAAGCCCUGCAUUGGACAUUCACAAUUUGUUUAUAACAAGUGUUAAAUUGGAUGUAUUGAAAACUAAACGUCUCGAAUUGAUUAGACAUUACUAUGACGUCUUACGCACUACACUCAUUGCUUGCGAUUAUAAUAGAGACGACAUACCAACAUUAGACGAUAUUUUAUAUGAAGUACAACGCACUGAAUUCUUUUCGUAUUAUGAGCUCGUUUUUCCAUUUGCCCAAACAAAUCUCAGUGAUAAGUUAACGGAAGGCUUAGGUGUUGGUGAUUUAACAGAGGAAAAUAAUAUGGAACGCACUCUAAAAGAUAUAUACAGUAAUCGUAGAGUUUUGGAUACAUAUGCCUAUGAGUUGAGGCGUUUGGAUGAUCUAGGCAUACUCGAUUAAAUUUUGUUUGCAAUG